AUGGGGGUGCUGAGCUGGCUGAGGCAGGAGAACCAGCUGAAGAUGAUGGUCCUGGUUAUUGUUUUUAUUGCCGUGUUCCUGGAUCACAUGCUGCUGUCUGUGGUCGUGCCGAUCGUUCCCAGUUACCUGUAUGGAUCUGAAAUCCUCUCAUCAGAGAAUGACUCAGGUUCAAUAAUCGGUGCCCACAGAAACAGCUCAGCUGUUUUUAUGCCACAUAACUCCCAUGAUUCAAACUGCUCUGAAGCUGGCACUGAGCUGGGAACAGUCAACAUUAAAGUAGGACUGUUGUUGGCUUCAAAAUCCACCGUACAGCUCAUCAUGAACCCAUUUGUUGGUCCGCUUACUGACAGGUUUGGAUAUCACCUCCCAAUGUGUGCUGGCUUCUGCAUCAUUUUUGUGGCAACCACCUUGUUUGCAUUUUCAUCAGGCUACUUCCUACUGCUGCUGGCCCGAUCGGUGCAGGGUGUGGGUGGGUCCUGUCUGUCUGUGGCCGGAAUGGCGAUGUUAGCUGAUAUGUACAAAGAUGAAGAGGAGAGAGGGUGGGCCAUGGGAAUAUCUUUCACUGGUUUGGCUUUAGGACUCAUAGCCGGCGCCCCUUUUGGCAGUCUGAUGUAUCAGUUUGUGGGGAAGAUGAGUCCGUUCCUGGUCCUGGCCAUCAUCGCGAUGUUGGGUGGAGGAGCCAUCUAUUUCACUACAUUGAUCAUUGCUGUGAUAGAAUCAGCCCUUCCUCUCUGGAUGAUGAAGACCAUGUGUGCUAGCAAGUGGCAGCUAGGUAUCGUCUUUUUGCCGGACAGCGUCUCCUACCUCAUAGCAUCAAAUAUCUUUGGACACCUGUCACAGAAACACAACAAAAGCUGGCUGUUUGCUUGCAUAGGAAUGAUCAUGGCAGGAAUUACAACUAUUUCAUUUGGAUUUUCCAAGAACUUCUAUCAUUUGCUGGUUCAGAAUGCGUUUAUCGGCUUCUCUGUUGGGGUAGUGGACUCCUCCAUCAUGCCUCUCAUGGGGAACUUGGUAGACCUGAGGUAUCAGCCAGUUUAUGGCACUGUUUAUGCCAUAGCUGACGUUGCUAUAUGCCUUGGAUUCUGUGUUGGUCCUGCUGUCACAGGUCCCAUAGUGGCAUCGUUUGGCUUCCCCUGGCUCAUGACCAUAGUUGGAACAGUGGACAUAGUCUUUGCUCCGCUCUGCAUCCUCCUGCUUAGACCAACGACAUCAGAGGAACUUCUGGCUCUGCCCUUUCUCAAACACCAUCUGUGGAAGGUUAACCAGAUGGAGGUGUGA